AUGGUCAAGCGACGCAGCGACCUGGUAAGCUUCGCCGGCGGGUCGUAUAGAAGGCCGCUACGGCGUACUGGCGUCCCGGAGUUGCCCCUCUAUCUCCCUAUUCCACGGAGUCGAGGCACAGGAACAUGGGCAAGUGGACUCGAGUGGAUCACCAUGACAUCCCGUCUGCGAUUCCUGGCUGUUUCGCGGGACAGCUUUCCUACACCCAGUUUAGCGGGUGCACCGGACCUUGAAUCCAACGCCUCCCCAAUGGCCAGCCGUCCCCCGCCGGCGCUCAUUUCCCAGAGGCUCUCCUCGUCUAUCGGUGCCCCUGAUUGGUGUUAUCCGUUAGCCACGACGCCACGUGGGACCCCCGAUACCGCUGAUGUCAUCGCACGGGCCUGGGGUCCUCUGGUGACUCGGCUAACAUGCCUAGUGUGGUGAUAAUAGAAGCCAUUGGAAAGGCAGAGCAAAUUGCAUGUGCGCGGUGACUGAGUCGUAUGAAUCGUGGUUGCGAAUUUACGUGAUUCUCUCAGGUAACCUGGCUUAGAAUAGGGGAGAGACGGAGGCAGUCUAGCGCAGCGAAGACAUUAAUCGGGCCGAAU